UCCGGGGUUGAAUCCUGGAAGUGAAUCCCUCCCUCAGCCGUAUCAGCAGCCCUUUCGGAAGCUAUCCCAUCAUCCAACGGAAUCAUGCGGCCCGCCUUUCGCGACGCCAUGGGCGGCGGCGUCCUUGGCGGCACCUGCCUGAUGGUCAUCGUGAUGGUGCUCUCCGUGGCACCUGGAGGGGAGGCGUUCCUGCACCCGGCUGCUGUGCAGCGGCACGGUGCCGCUGCCUCUGGGAAAAUGCUACAGCAGCGUCCGGCGGUCAAGACGAGGGGGAUCGGGAGCAUGACGGCGGGAGUUGAGGAGGGGAUGCUCGAUGUAGCGUCCCGGGAUGAAAACUCCUCUGUCACGCGGUCGACGCCAGGACCGCUGCUUCGCGUUCGUUCGUUAUUCGGGCGCAAGGCGGCGACGGCGGCUGCGGUGUCGGCUCUUGUCAGCGCGGGGGCGCCGGGAUCUGCGGAGGCUUUGUUUGGGAGGGGGGGCAGGUCUGCGCCGGAGAUGCCCUCCGUUCCGGCCCUCGAGCAGCAGCUGGAGACCGCCGUCGGAGAGGUGGUGGAGGGCGUAGGAGAGAUUGCGUCGGCAGUAGACAAAGCUGGAGAAGCGGCGGGAGAAGUGCUCUCGGAGAUCGAGGAGGCCCUCGAAGGGUUGGAAACCCCGGAGGCGGGAUCGGAGGGCGGGGAUGCUGUUGGGGGGUUGGUGACGACAACGCCUGCGACGGAAGAGGACCAAGGGAGGGCGGUGGGAGGAGUUUCUACCGUGGGUAUCGUCAAGGACUUGGUGGUUGAAAAUAAAGAGGUGGUGGCUGUGGUGGUUGCCGGGGUGAUCGGGUCUAGGUACCUGCUGGUCCAGAGAGGCGGUAAACGUGGCCGAGGUGGAGGCCGGAGACGACGUAGAGGAGGGGGCGGGGGUGGUGCUGCCCCAAAGUCUCCGCUAGCGGGGAUCGGGCAGCCCCGGGUUUCGCCGGAGGUGGCGGCGGCCGACCUGAAGAAGCGGGCGGAUAGCCUCAAGAGCGCCAACUUUGACGUGGACCUCGACCUCUUCGGCGAUGCCGUGGCCGACUUGCCGGCUAGACCGCCGCCGCCCGCACCUCCCGCUGCGGAACCGUCCCCUUCCCCGGCCGAGGCAAUGAAAGGGGCCGUGGCGGCGGCGUCUGAUUCCGCCGUAGCCGCAGCAGCAGCAGCGGCAGAGGCGGAAAGCGUCACCGCUGAGGCAGAAAGUGCGGCGGGACCCCCGCCGGUGGAGGCUUCUGCGGCCGCCCCCCCUGCCGUUGCGGCCGAACCCGCACCUGCCACUCCCGAACCGGCACCUGCCGCCGUCGCCGAACCUACUCCCGCGCCGUCCACCUCCUACUCCAUCAAGCCCGAGAAAUCUAAGCGCAAGCCCAUCCUCAGCCUCUUCAAGCGGGACACAGGGCCGCAACGGUCCACGACCAUGCAGGAAGCCCUCUCCGACGAGUCACCUAAUGUGGCCGACUUCCGAAGAGGGCUGGCCGCGGUGCUGGCGGAAUCUGCGCCGAAGGGCGAGUUCGACGUUGAGGAGCCCACCUUGCUAGCCGAGGCGACGAUCGUUCCAGAGGACUUCGAAGGAGAAGCGGGCGUUAAGGCUGCGGCUGCCAGCAGGAUGUCAGCCCUCAAGGAGCUAAUGGAGACCGCCGGACUUUCUCUGGAACAGGGCGCAGAGGUUGUCGCCGACGUCGUGAACGCUAUGGUCGUCAAGCUGACAGAUGCAGCAGUGAGCAGCAAGGGCGUGGAUAGCACGGCAGCAGCCUCGAACGCUCUUCUCAAGUACAUGGACGAGGCGGGAGCCCUGUUCGUGACCCUGUGCCCGGGCAUCGCCCUCGACCCCCAGAUCAAGUACAACGGCACCUACAAGAGAGGGAAGCUGGAGAAAGUAUUCGAGGCGGCCGCUAAGAGCACCCUCAAGUCCAUGGGGGACGAAGGCCAGAUGAUGUCUUUGGACAGACUACAGGACCUGUUUUCGAUCAAGAAGUCCAAGGCGGACAGCAUCACCCAGAAGAUCAUGAUGGACCUCAUGAUGAAAAUGAUGUCGGAGGGAGGUGGUGAAGACGGCGACGCAGAGGGUCUCGAGAAGAUGAUGGCCGCAAUGGGCGGGAUGGAGGGGAUGGGAGGGAUGCCCGGGAUGGGAGCGGGCCGAAGCCCAGAAGACCACAAGAGAGAGGUGGAAGCUCUCAAGCAGAUGGUGGAGUCUGGCGAUUGCCCGAAAGAGGAGGUCGACGCUCUCAGAAAAAUGUACACGGACGCCGGCCUGGACAUCGACACGCUAGUCAACGACCCGAACAUGGAAGCGAGCAUGGAUGCCGAUGCCAAGGAAGUAGUCGUGCUUCUCAGGAAGCUGCUCGACCUGUGGCCCAAAAAAUAACUAGAAAAUAGAAUAGCAAAGAGUUGAGUCACUUUGGGCACAAUUGUUUUUGAUUGCCUAAGAAAUAGUACGAAGUGAAAUACAAUAUUUGAAUUCGAACGAUCAGUUCGAUUUGUUUGUGGCUCAAGAGAUUCGCGAUCAGUUCGUUCUUUUUCUGUUGCCCAAGAAAUUCGCUGAGGAAGGUAAGAAAAGUCUUAAAAUUUAAAAACGAAAAUCGUAAAAAAACAAGGAAGACAACCGGUUGAAUGAUUGCCCGUAAGGAAGUUCGCUGGUUUCUAAGAAGGAAGACGAGAAAAAGAA